AUGUGUGAAAAAUACUUUUCUGGAAUACCAUUAAAAACUAAAAGUAAGAUACAAAAAGAAAACGUAACUUGUUCAAGUCCAACUGCCUAUUGUGUUAACGCUACUGCUACAUUUAUGAAGUGGACUGUAACAGCUAGAUCAUGUAGCGACGAUUCAUCAAUUAUUAGUAAAAUUUAUUCUAAUUUUAAAAGUUGCUAUAAUACUUCAUGUGUCAAAAUUAAUAAUCUUCCUCUUGAUACUGAAGCAAAUAUAUGUUGUUGUCAAGAAGAUCGCUGUAACGAAUCAUAUUCAUUAUACGAUUUGUCUUACUUUUUAAUUUUUUCAUCUGUAAUUCAAACUAUAAAAUUUUUAUAA